AUGUCUGCGCUCCGUCCCUACAUCGUGGUUCUGCUCGUCGCUGUCUGCGUGCUCACCUUCCUGGUCCUGCCACUGCUGCAGCGGCUCGUGCUGUGCCGGUUCCGGGACGUGGCCCUGUUCUCCUUCUACGGACGUAUCUACAACGCGCUGCUCAUGUCCGCGGCCACGGCGUCGGGAGCGGCCACCCUGCCGGUCGCGGUGUACGCCCUGGAGCAGAACUCGGGUCUGGACGCCCGCGUAGCUCGCUUUGUGGCUCCCGUGGGCGUCAUAAUUAACCAGAGCGGCAUGGCACUCUAUCUGUCAGUCUCCGGAACAUUUUUGGCCCAGAUUUACAAGGUCAGCUCAAACACGUUCCUCGUAUACCACCAUUCUUUAUUCACGCUUUACACUUCCUAA